AUGGGCGUGAAGUCGUACGGCGAUCGGAUGGACACUUCGCGUUUGACAUUACGAUGCGCAAUAGUGUUCUGGUCGUCAAAACUUUCAGCGCGAUCAACAGCAGUGGUGAUCCAUGCUGCUCUUGAGGAGGAAGCGACGGCAGAUGUGUCGCCCGAUGUGCAAAAAGCGACACUCGUGAACUUCCACCAGAUGUUCGGGCAUUUUUCGUAUGACACGAUCGAGAGGAUCGCGAAGAACCCGGGCAGUGAAAUUCGCAUUACGGAUCAAAGACGUUUGACGUGCAUCACGUGUGCUCAGAACAAACAGACGAAAAACAGCCAAAUCAAGAAGGACACCGGCGUGCACUCUCCAAUUGAUCGGGUCAGAGGAGUGAUUUGGCAGACUGGUGUCGCUCGCCAAGUGAGUGAGGCGCGGAUUCAGGCGUCCAACGGAAAAGCCGAAAGUAUGCACCGGACGGUGUUGAACAUGACGCGGGCGAUGAUCUUUGCGUCGGGACUGCUCUUGACGUUCUGGGGAGACGCUGCUGAGUAUGCAACAUACAAUCUUAACAGAAGCCCGACGAGCGCGAACCCGAAGCGCGCAUCCUUCAUCGAAGUCUUGACGAAGCGAGCUCCAGAUCUACGCAAAAUUGUCAUAUUUGGUUCCCAUGUACGGUGUACCGCGAUCCACGGAAGGAUUCGUUCGCCCAUCGCGCUCAAGUCAGCACCAUCGUUGGUCAAAGCCACGAGACGAAAGGGUUCCGUUUUUACUUGCGCAAGGACAACUUUGUUGUCGUCACACAACAUGUCAAGAACAUCGAGACACUUCCAACAGCGCAGAACGCAACUGCAGCGCGAGCUCGAGAGCGACGACCGUGCAGAUGCGAACACCAGCAGCGACGCUCAAGAGCCAGCGCAUGCGAUGCAACGUGAGCACAAGGCAUAUAGCAAGAAGCCAAGGAAAACGCACAAGUGGACGAGACAACCGAUCGCCACACGUGCAGCGUCGAAGAAAUCCUCUACAAGCCAGGACGAGGCCGCUCGUAGCACCGACGUGGUGAGCCACGUGUUCGAACCCGAUCUGAAGAACCACCGCGAAGCGAUCAAGAGCACGAAGUGUUUGAACUGGAAGGAAGCGAUGGAGGAGAAGCUUGCGGCUCUUGAGGCCAACGACGUGUGUGCAGUUGUCCGUCGUCCAAGUGGCAGCAACGUCUUGCAUUCAAGGUGGGUUUUUAAGACUAAAAAGACCGAAGUAAUUAACGCUUAG